UGUGUGUUCUUGCGGGUGAUUGACGUUCGUGCGGUUGUGGGCGUACGAACGUGCGGCUGUGGGGCGCUUACAUGAAUAAAAUAAACGCUUAUAAACAAGCGCGCAUCUAUUAUUUAGUGGGUCACUACUGAUUAACUAGUCUGCUCCUUACUCAUUUGCCGUAGUUUCAAUUUUAUAGGUUUUUAGAGAUUUUUUCAGAUUUUUUCAAUUUUUAUGAAUUUUUAUCGUAAUUAUUAGGUGAUUACUGAGUCUUCAAAAAGACUCAAUAAGGUCAACUAAUUCCAUAAUUUCGCUCUUCAACAAACACACCUACGCCGGCUAGCAAAAAUUUCUUCAAUGCAGCAGACUCGAAGACAGUCUUUUGGCUUUGCUUUUAAUGAGCCAAAGGCUCCAGCUUACUUAUCUUAUUUUAGUCGUGGGAACGAACUUAGGAGAAGCGUGGGCUUAUAGGACGCAGACUCGUGACGAGAAGGCGCCCAGUGUCAGUAGCUCGAUUCUCCUGCAUGAUGCUGGCAAGUGGCCCGAUCUGAUUCGAACGCAAAAAAAAGAUGUCUAUCUAACCUGCCCCGGCGCCUUCUGUGAGAAAGGUCGCAGCUGCGCUAUCGACAGCAAGAAAAAAAAACAGAAUGAGAACAGGAUCAGCAGCUUCCUCCUUCUAGUCUACCUCCUGAGAUCACAGCGCUGAUCGAAGGAGACCAAGAUGAAAAAAGAGGCCAGGGCCGACUCUUCCUCUUCUAUCCAAGAAAGCACUCAGGUGAACGUGAUCGAUGGAAUGGACCUGCUGAAGACAACGACUCGGGCGACCCAUCGGAAAAAACGGCGCAAGAUCAUCAGGCCCGCCUUGAAGAACAACCGCAAGACCAUGCGCGGCAAGAUCUACGGACCUGCCAGGAACGCCGAACACUCACGGCGCUGAUCUUGUACCGUUGGGCAAGCAGCUGGCUGCGGCCCGUAUUCUGUGACACCUGGAGCCUGGGUCUGCUUCCUUCGUCUUUCGCCCUUACAGCCUCAGAGCUUCAAGCUCAACCACAGCACAAGACUGACACAAGAAGCCAAUCUGUUGCGUUCAGGCCUUAUCUGUGCAAGUGCAUCGGUUGUCUUGUCAGCUUUUGGAGACCACCGCGUCGAUGCGAAACAUGGCCGCGAGAUCUUCGCGAAAAGUUGCCCGGGUUGGUCUUCGUUGCCUCUGUCUUUUCGGGUAUCUAUGGAAAAGGCGGCGGCGCGGCCUCGGGUGCUUCGUCUUUGUGUUGUGUUUCUCUGUUGUUGACAGCCCCGGCGCCAGGGGAGUGCGGACCGCCCGCACGUCAUUGGCGUCGGCGCUGCUUGGAAUACAGCCGCGGCACGCCUGUGCAAGCUCCUCGUGGUGUAGAGAACCCGGGCGGAGGACGGGGGAGACGCAGGCGGGGAAGCAGUGGCAAAGCGGGGCGGCGGUGGCCAUCUUUCUGCGCUUGGGCGCCUGGGUUGCCUCUUCGUUUUUUUUUCUAUAUGAAAAAAAAAAAAAUCUUGGCGAAAAGUUUGCGAAAUCUUUCAAAAGAAUCUUUGCGGAAUGUUUCCGAAAAGAUAAGCGCACGAAGUUCCAACAGUGUCAAAACUUGUAAACUUUCCGCAAACAUUUCGCGAAGAUUUUGAAGCUUUCGUCUUCCGUGUUUUUUUGAUGAAGACAUGGAAAUGGAUCGCCGAGAACAAACUCGCAGCAGCUUGCAACGAAACCGCAUAAGGCUCCGCGCUUGUUGUCUGUGGUUUUUGUGGUUUCUCUGUUCUUCUCUCCAGGCUUGGGAGGCGUCAGGCGUUGCGCAUUCGUUUGAGAAUUUGGCGCGAGGCUGCGGCGCGGACUGGUUCGCCGGCUUGUGAUGCUCUCGGCGCAGUGGUUGGCUUGUCCGUGUGUGUGUUGUGCUUGUGUCGGUUUCGUUUUCGGAGCUCCUUUUGGCUUCGUUUUAAUGAGACAAGGACAAGAGCCGCGCGCGUGAGCCUCGGCAACUUUUCGCCAAGAUUUUCUGCCACCGGUGAUUGUCGGGCGCGGUGGUCUCCAACAGCUUCUAGGCAUUUAGCCUCUAGCUCAUAUUGAGUCUUCUUUCUUUGAUUCCGUCCCAUGCCAGUGGCCUCUACUUUAAGAUGAGGACCGACUGGGACUCCCCAGAAGCAUCUGCACUAUGAUCCCGGAGCCGGUGAAGUCGCCCGCCCAUUGUCUAUGCGGACAGUAACGCUAUACCCGAAUCAGUGCCCAGAUCUCUUCAGGUCAUACACAACUAGACUAGUAGGUACGCAUAUCCCUGGGCUUCCCUGUCUAUAUAUUAAAGUUAACGCGAAUGCCUGCGAAAAACAAGCUCAGAAGUUUGAAGCUGUGUGAUGUAUGAACUUCUUUCGUGGAUGGUCCAUCUCUUGGCUCCCUGGCAAGGUCUGAGCCGAUCGAAGAGAGACCCUCCAGGCGAGCUUAAACACGACCAGGCUACCGCUUCGGGCCUCAGUGUAUACAUGGCUCUAAAUCAAUGCCAAUAGACUGACUCGACGUCAGAGCUGGCGCUUACUUGUCCCCUAGAUCAUAUCCUUAUGGGUGUUCGAAGAAACUGGACGGUCUCUAUGAUGCUUCCCAGGCUAUUGCGAUGCGCCUACGCAAAUCUCCUAUGUCGACCAUUCCGGGCGCGAAGCUCUUUCCUAUGCGCCCUUUACUUGCUCACCCCACCACUGUGCUGGUAGGUUUCCGGGAGGCUUCCAAGUGACGCUAUAAAAUGGUCUAUAAAGUGGCUUAUAGCGUGGAUAUAUGACGGGAGCAGUGUGGAUACUCCAGCACUGGUUAGCUAUUCUUAGCGCCGCUUUAUAAUGGACCCAAAACCUUCCGGAUUCUGGAGAUUUGUUUCUUGACGUUUUAGCUAAUUUGUUUCCAUUUCUUUUGUCUUGCGUGUUGCUUACAGAAUGGCCGCGUGCCACCUACAGGAAAACAGUCCACAACGUGCGUGGGUUUCUAGUGUCUGGCGCGUCUCGAAAUGAGUAGAGUGGCCCCCUUAUAUCAGUCUAAUCGUCAGUCGUCGUCGACGCCUUCCCUUGGAUCAUCUUGGGCGUCUUCUUGGACAUCGUCGGGGUCUUCUUGUACUCCAAGCAUGUUGCUUACCAGGGCGGCACCAUCCUCAUCCGAGUCAGAUUCUGCAUCCUCGGCGCCCAUCUCUUGGACGUUUGCAGAGCUGCCACUUCCAGCCCCUUUGUUCGUUUGUAUCAAUCACGGAGGACGAAGAAGACGAAGGCGAGGACGACGCUGCUCCAGUCCCACUCGGUCCUGCGUAUACUGAUGUCUCAGGAGCUGCGUUUGCCUCUGGCUCCCAAUCUAGAACUUCUAGAGAGACCCACAGAAGGUCGCUCCGCCUCAGGCGCUUGGCAUUCCCCUGCUUCUCCGACGCUGUAACUCCAAGUGCAGCAAGUGCUUCAGCGUGUGGCUUGAUGUGUGCAGAGUGAUCAUCUUGAGUGGCUUUCUGCUCUUCAUAGGAUGGCGGACUUGUUCGCUGUCUUAAUUUCUUCCGAAAGUGAGUACGUAGUGAAGAUGUACGUCGCGCGUGCUCCUGCCCAGGCACGAAGCCAAGCUGCUGCCCGAGCUGGUUCCAUAGGAUAGGGGUCGCAGCUGCUUUCUGAAGGCCAAGAUCUUGACGCUUCAAAAGGAAGAAAAGAUCCCGCCCAGCCUUCUGCGCUGCUCGUUUGUAUCGUGGCCAAAGAUCAGAAUUAUGGUCAGGCAGCACGAAGUGCCGGCGAUCAUCGUUGGCCAUGGUGAACAGCGGGACGGUGGAGUGACGCUUUGGCCGUGUUUUCCGCGUGAUUUGUUUCAGCUCCCGCUUACCAGGUGGCGCGGCAGGGUCCUUAGGCGCAUCGUUCUUGGCGGGAGGCGAGAGCUUCUUUGCACUCGCUGCCUGACGUUUCUGCUCUGGUGAGUGGUUUUCAGCCAAAAGAUCACCUUCUUGAUCUUCAUGCAGCUCUGGGAUCGGACUGAGCGCUUUUCUGAGAGAGCGAGAGGUAGGACUGCGCCGGCGUUGCUUGCGAUCUUCUUCCCAGAUUUUCGCUUGUGCUGCGCGCUUAUUUGCGUCUCCAGCUGAACGACUAGCACUACUAGCACUAGCGUCUUUCUUUCCCUUGUCUUUCCGGCCUUGUUUUCCACUUGCGUCAUCUUCAGCUGCUGCGUCAGCCUCUUCUGGCUUCCGCAUCUUCUUCACUGCCGCUUCAUCUGGAGCGUAGACCUGCUCGAGAACAAAGAAAGCGAAACGCACAUGGGUCGACUGCUACAGACUUCGAAGUCGUGGCCGUAGUAGUCGCCAAGUCCGGGCAGGUGCGUGGAAUGAUCGGUCGCGCUUCGUGGACGUUCGCCAAGUUAUACUUCGCCCCCAUGUCUUCGCUCGUGAUCCACGUCCCAGCGCUUUCAGGCGAAUCGUCGAAACGGUCCAUGGAGUUGCGGCCUGCGCCAGCGGAUGACCCACAGGCAGGGAGUGAAGACAUGUCAGGACCCAAUGGCAUCGAGGGGCAACCACGUCCGACGAGACCGUCGGCGCGCUUCAAUUGCAUCCCGCAGAAUCCCCGCAGUGCACCACCUAGAAAAAACGGAACGAAGAAGAAGUAGGUCGGCUGCGGCUCAAGGAUGGCACCGAUCUCACACACUUCGAGUGCCGCUACUGGCUGCUUUAGAGCCGUGCGCAUACCGUCGAGCGAAAAGAAUGGCGCGGGCCUUGCUGCUGCUUGACGCUUGUUCACGUUGCUGCCCUCCUGCUUCUCUUUCUGCCCAGUGGACUCGUCUUUCUUCGCUUUAGAUGUCUUUCCUGCAGGAGUCUUCGGCACUUCUUGACUGGUCUGCGGCUGCGUCUUCUGCUUUUUAGCAGCGUCAGCACCUGUUGCAGGCUUAAACGCCUCGACUCGAACCGUAGACGCAGUUGUAGUACAACACAAGUAGCAGCUCCAUCCGCAUCGUGCUCGGCUUCAGCUUCUGUGGUACCAGAGUCGAUGUCCGUUUCCACUUCUUCGGAAUCUUCUUCACCGUCAACGCCUCCUCCUGCUGCUUUCCCCUUGGUUGUAGGAGACAAGAUUUCGCUUUUCCGCUUAGAGGCCUUCAGCUCUUCUUCUUCGUUUUCGCCUUGUCUUUUUCUUCGAGUGCAGUUUCUACAUGUGACGUGCUGCACUUCUUGCCACCGUGCUGAACAUUGAAGGCGAGAAGUCGCGCGGUCGCUUCGACGUCUCGUUCAUCUAGCGGCGCAGUCAUCUGGAAUUGAUUGGGAGAGACUCUCCCGACAUGAAAGGGGCGAGGAUCGUAGCACUCGCGGAUAGCAGCAGAACGACUGAGCACUUUACCCGGGACGACACCACUCUGAUUGAUUUCGUUUGCAUUUAGCGCUUCCAGCGUCUCGCUCGUAUUCCUCGUCGCGGUUUCCACCAAAGCAGUCUGCGCUGCAUCGCGGACAGCGUCGUAGAGUGCAACUGUCGCCCGAGACUGAUUCUUUUCGAGCUUGCGAACAGGAUCUCGAAGCCACUGCUUCGCGGUUUCACGCUUCGUUCUGAUAUCGAUCUCACGCGGCUGGUUUCCAGAAGCUGCGAGCUCGGAUGCGUCUGCUACUUGUUUCCCCUCAUGCCGCUUCGCCCGGAGCAUGUCUCCACCUCCAGCUCGUUUCUUUCGUUGUUUUGCGAUGUUCGCCCCAGUUGCUGCGCGGAUAUCUCGAGCGACUUGUCGCUUAUCUACGUCUGCGCGCUUGUAAGCUCCAGAAACGACUGAGCAGCUCGCUCGCGCCAUCAGAAGCUCCAAUCCUCCUGGAGUGCCCGAGCAUGCUCUCUGUGUGAUGGCGUGACGGCUUUCGACUCGCAAGUUGGUACGCGGAGAGAGUCGCCAUACUUCGAGCGCCCGUCGCACAACGCCCGGCCUCGCACGGGGAUGCUUGGUUCUCAACAAAGCGUGUAGCAUAAGCAUUCGAAGGCCGGUCGGCUUUCGUUUUCGGCAACGAGGGCGCGCUCCUCUCGUGAAUCGAUCGCAGAAAUCUCGUUCCUCCGCAUAGCUGCCCAGACUCGCAAAAGUGCGGAAAAAGGUCUCUUCUUCGUCUUCAGUACACAACCGCCAAUGCAUCGGACGCGCGCAGAGAGAUACGAAAGAAGACUGACCAAGAGAAGAGCGUGACCAGAGCCAUUGCUGCCCGGGCCGGUCUGGAUGCUUUUCCGCGUAUGGGUGCAUGAUUGUUUGCGUGUAGAAAUCGUAAGCCUGCAGCGUAGUUCGGCGCGCGUCUGUGACUUUCUUGCACGUCCACACUCGAGAAAUAGAGCCACACCUCUGCAAGGAGAGUGUCAGUCUAUCGGAUGGCGUACUAAGUAUGCCGACCGCCCCCAGCAUUAUCGUGAACUCCUCGCCCGUGUGGCGGCAUCGAAGCCAGGCGUUUUUUCCGCAGUGUAACUUCUUCGGUGACUUCAUGACUUGCGGCAGCAGCAGGCUGAUCGCCAUUAAAUUCCUGCAUGCGGUGCCAACUGUUCCGAACCUUCCCAACAUCGGGCAUCCGACUGCUGCAAGCAUUGCCACAGAUGCUGCAAGUGGUGCUGGGCCCUCAGGCAUCGCGGACGCAGUAGUAGCAUCCCCACUAGGUAGCAGACGGAUCUAGUUCUAGUUGCCCGUCCACUGAAGGAGCUGCAGUUGGAUCAUCGGAAAAUAGGCCGCCAGUCUCAUGCAGUUGGAGAUCUCCACUCUCAACGCCUGCGCCAUCAGAUACGCCGCUGCUUCUUUCUACUGCCCGACUGCGUGACUUGUGCGCUUUCUUGUAAUUCUUCGCGUUGCUCACUCCUGUCUUUGCUGCAGGUACUGCUUCUAUUGCUCUGCGCAGAUCCUCCUCGCUACAAUGCGUCACGCACUCAACGAACGCCCGCAGAGCCUUUGCUCUUGAGUUUGCUCUCUCCUCGUCGCGAUCUGCUUCGAGGAGCUUAUCUGUGAACAUCGACACGCAUGCAGCAACCUCAAGAGGAAGAUCUUGGACCUGGAGCAUCUGCAAAUAUUUCCGAGUCUUGAAGAACCUCGCCAAAUCAGGUUGAUUCUUUCUUAUCCCCUUCGCCUGCCCGGGCCCCCGACAAACGGCCAAAAACUUCCCCGCGUCUACUCCGAGGUAGCGAGGCAGCAAGUAAAGCGAAUGCUUGAAAGAUGAACUAUCCAAGUCGUCCUCGCAACACUGGCCCACGCAAAGGGAAGUGCCAGCGUCCUCUCUCAUGUCGCCAGCCAUGUCCUGUCCUCCUCCGCUGUAGUUGCGUCUUGUAGUAGUGUGCAUAUGUGAUAAAGUAUAAGUAAGUAGUUGCAACAACAAGCAGGAGAAGGCGGCGCUUUAUCUAGUAAGUAUGCAAAUAACAAGAAAGAGAAUAGACGAGACGUCAGUCAGGCAAUUGAAGCACUUGAAGGAGAGCGAGAGACCACACAGCCAGCAGCAAGGCCCGAACUCAAGAAAACAGAAGGAAACAGUUCUUCACGUGUUAGAAGCAGGAAGCGUCGACGUCAACUCAAAGGCGUGGGCUUAUGUCUAGCACCUCUGUCGCAAGCGUCCAGUCGAACUGGCGAAGCAUCUCUUCGCCAUCGUCUACAAGUUCGCCCGAUCCAAAUCCAGCAGAUUCCCCGCGCUCAUAGUAGUAUCGGGGCACGAUUUCCCUCAGAAAAUGCCCGCAAGUAAUGGCUCCGCCGUCAGUGGUAAACUGUAUCCCAUAAAACGCUACGCAUUGAAAUUUGCGUGAGGUGACUCUUCGGAUGGAAAUGGCAAGAGUUCAACAAGACGAAGAGCAGCACGCCAGGCCUCCUCCCAGGAGGCGACGUCCAUCGAAUACCCACGCAUUCGCUCCACACUAUCCGUAGACGUGACCAGCACCGGGAUGGGUAAGCGAGCGUAUGGCUCUUUUGUUGCUUCUGGUGCAUGCUCGUCCUCAUCCGCCAUCUCUGAAUCAAAUACUUGCCCUAGAGCUUGUCUCUGUCCCUUCAAAGGCAUCCACAACUCGCCACAGCCGACAACGAGACGACAGCUGUGGCCUCGAAGUCUGUUGUUCUUCUGUGAUUCAACUCCUUCCAUAUUCUUUACAUGGGUACUCGUGCCAUCGACUUCGAAACGCACGCGCGCCAGCUUGCCUCCAGUUUCUCGGAGGAAUUCACCACGGACAGCCAAUCGCGCUGCCCGAUCGAUCUGAGGCAGCUCAUCGCUUUCGAAGUGGUGCCGCUUCCCACGAAAAUACAGGCCCAGCUGACGACUCUUGCUCGCUUCCAUCUGCUCACGCCGUGAGACACCCUGCGGGCCUGCGCCUGACGUCGAACCGCUGCCAAGGAAAUCUGACCCGUCGACGCUGGCACUAAAUGACGCAGCAGCAGGACGGGGAUCAAGCUGCAUAGAAAACCCGAGGCCGCUUGGAUUCAGCUUGUGUUGCUGCUGCUGUGCCUUAUGCUGGGACCUUGCAAUCACUACGAACGGACGUAGGGCAUUCGCGCCCUUGUUUUUCUUUGGCGCUUGCUUCUUAACAGCCUUAAGCAUGUUAUCACGCUGUGCGCUAAGAUUCUGCUGCGAUGGUUGAGUCUUCGGCGCUCCUGAUCUUCCGGCGCGCGAGAACUUUGCAGAUGGGCACGAAGAUGAUGACGAUGCAGCAGGAGUUGUCUUAGAUCCUUCCUGCUUGAUCUUCGUACUCUUAUCCCGCUUUCGACUUGUUGUCCCAUCGUUUUUCUCACUACCAGCGAGGCAGCUGGCUAUGGCUUUGAAGCGUAGAAUCGAACUGGACGCCAACCGUUCAGGUUCUUGCUGCAGCGAGCCUUUCUUCUGAAAGGGCUUCCUCUGUUUGGUCGUCUUUCCCACUCCAUCUCCACCUGUGUCACCAUCCUCAUCACUAGACGACUGCUUCUCUGCAAGACUUCGGCUCUUCGUGCGCAUUCGUUCAGCUAUUUCUUCCUUGUUCCUGAAUCCUGGACGAGGCUGCUCGACGUUGUGCUAGAUCUACGGAGAGCGACCGCUGGUCCUGUCCUCUUUUGUUCUUGUUGGCUGCAGAGCGCAGCACCGUCUUCGCCCUCCGACGACCGAAAGCGUCGCGCUCGACUUCGUUGUCCGACAUUGAUUGUUCUUGCUGUGUGUUUAUGCUGUGCUGCUGCUCUGAUGGGCUAAUAUAAUAUAUUCAGGUAGAAGAAGUGUCUGAAGUAAAUUACUGAAGAGAAUGAAUAUAGGUCGUGAUCUACAAUGCUAGUAGAUACAAUGGCAAACCUAACCAAGUCAAGCUCUUGCCUCUGAAGCUGAUACUGAAGACGAACCGCUGCGAAGUGAUGCUCAGAACUCUACUCGAAUUAUGGAAAUGAAUCACGUAAAGGCUCAACUAAACUGAACCGGACGCCCUUAGGUUGUGCAUUUGUUUGGAUAGCCUAAACCUACAUGGAGAGAAAGUCUAGCUUUUGGGUGCUCCUUUAAUCGACUCAACUCGUAUCCUUCGAUAGGCUCGCUCCCGCCUUCCGGUCAUCAGUGUAGACAUAUUAGCACGAGAUGCCAGGUGGUAAAUGAUUUGAGACCAGAAGAAAGGAAGCUGCCCAAAGUCUGAACUCAGUUAACAGCACAACAAUGGUUAGACUUGCAAACUACACUACCUACCUCUAUUGGGCGUGGACUAAAGUGCCGGGCAAUCCAAUGAGAGAAAUAACAAUGGGUGGCGAAGGAGCUGAAUCAUUAAAGAAAAAAUAUGCGCAAAUCAAUACUAAUAACUAAUAUGCGGACAAGAUUCGCGAAGUCAGUGGUAGAAUUGAGAAGAGAAAAACGGCGCAAGCUAUUCCCAUUACCUUCAGGAUUCAGUUGCAAAAAUGGAGGCCCGUGAAGGUCUUACUUUGCCGAAAGUUUCCGAAAGUUCAACUGGCAGACUUUCUCUCACUCGAUAAAAGCGCCUCCCGUGGAGCGUCCUCAGAUUCAUACAUACACGGGCCCCCAGCUGGCGUAGUUACUGGCGCCUGUAGGUUCUACUUCCCUCGGGGGGUCGCUGAGUUGCUUCGAUCGAUCACAACGAACCAACGCGCUCAGUCACUGCUAACUAACAGCGGGGCUUCGUUCGUUGGUUUAGUAUAAGUAAGUAUAUAGAUGCUCUUCUAUAUAUUUAUUUACAAAGUAACUAAGAAGCAACCAGGCCAGUUUUUUAACUAACUUAGUUCGAGACAAACAGGGCAGCUCACUCAGCCGCCUCGCGCGCUGUUUGAGUCUCUGGUAGAUUGAUACGCUCGCAGAUACAUGCCAUAGGCGCCGAGGCUGGCACCUACUUACUUUCGUAACGUACCUAGCUAGCAGCGGCAGCCGAUGAAUCUGCCUACCAGCCUACCUACCUAGGUAGUGCGAGUAGGUAGGCACGCAGCUGCCUAGCUAGGUAGGUGCGUACCUACGUAGGUAGGUAGGCAGGUAGGUAGGUAGGUAGGUAGGCACGCGCGCCGCCUUUCGUUCAGUGCGUGACUCGUCACGCAGACACGUCGGCCAUGCAUUGACUCACAGGAACGAAGAGAGUGCGCGCCGGGUGAUUGAGUGGGUCGACGGAUGGCCGCGCGCUCGCGCGCGUUGGUUGGUUCUUGCGUUCAUACAUGCACUGACUCACCCUCGCGCCCACCCACCCAGCCUGUCAGUCACGCACUCGCUCACCCUCUCGCCACUCAGUCCAGGAGUCUAUCUAUUACGUGUCAUCCUAUGACAUAGAGACAGUGCGUGGGUGUAUGCAUGUUGUAAGUAUCUACGGCCUCCAUGUGAGUAGGUGCGCACAUAUUAGACGCAUAGACUGACCGACUGACUGACAGGAAAUAAAAGAGAGAACGAAGGCAGACGCGUGCCGCUAUCUAGGACAUAGAAUACGCGCCCACCUUUGUACUCAUUGCACGCGUGCGAGCGCCAGAGUGAGAGGGUGGGGCGAAGGCCGCGGCGCCGUUGCGUGUGGGAGGGAGUGCGUCUGACUGUCUACCUCAUUGCGGUGGGUGCGUACCUAGCUACUACCUAGCAUCCGUGGGCGUAUCUAUCUGUCAACGUUAGAGAACUAUACAGAAGCUGCAUGCCCUUGCUAUAUGUAGAGGGGUCGGCGCUGGCUAAUUGUAUACACUAUAGGACGUGGCUACGUGUGUGCGUGAGUGCUUGGCUGAGUGCGUAGCUGGUGCGUGUCUAUGUGUGAGCCAGUGCGCGUGCCUACUGUAGGCAUCCACGAGCGUACGGCAGAGAUAGAAUGGGAGAGCGGGCGCGCCUUGUCCGUGGAUGCAUGGGUCUGGAUUUCUUAGAGUCCGCGUGAGUAGGGACCGACGUGCCUACUCAUUCACCUAUAGGGUGGAGACCGCCGCGACGAUGUGAAAGACGUGCGCGAAAUCUCUUCGAAAAGUCCGCUGCCCGGGCUGGUCUUCGUUGUCUCUUUGCUUGAAAGGCCAAACCAGGCGCCGAAGCGCCUGGCGCUGUUUUUGUUUGUUCUGUGUUUCGUCGUUGGUGGCAGCCCCGGCGCCGGUUCGUUGUGGGCCGCUCGCUUGCCGCUGGCAUCGGCGCCGCCCCGGGUGCAGGCGUGGCGCGGUUGUGUGAGCCCCCUGAAGCGUAGGACACCGGGGCGGAGGACAGGGGAAACGCCGGCGGGGGAGCAGUGUCACCAUAAGCCGGCGGCGGCCAUCUUUCCCCGCUUGGACACCUUUAGCGGCUUCCCGUCUCUUCUGUCGCUUUAGAAAAAAAAAAAAUCUUGGUGAAAAGUUCGCGAAAUCUUUGAAAAAUCUUCGCGGAAUCUUUCUGAAAAGAUAAGCGCGCGCAAGCAUGGAGUUCCAACAUGGUCAAGACUUGUAAACUUUCCGCAAACAUUUCGCGAAGAUUCUGAAGCUUUUGCCAUCUGUGUUUUUUUGAUGAAGACACGAAAACGAACCGCCAGGAGCAAACUCGCGACAAUUUGCAGCGGGAGCGCAUAGGGCUCCGCGUCUCCUGUGUCUGCUUUGUGUGGUCUGGAAAGUAAGCGAGUAGAAAAAAAGCUAGCCGCUUUGGGUGGAAGUUAGAAAAAAAAAAAAUCUUGGCGAAAAGUUCGCGAAAUCUUUGAAAAAUCUUCGCGGAAUCUUUCCGAAAAGAUCAGCGCAAGCAUGGAGUUCCAACAUGGUCAAGACUUGUAAACUUUCCGCAAACAUUUCGCGAAGAUUCUGCAGCUUUUGCCUUCUGUGUUUUUUUGAUGAAAGAAGACAGGAAAACGAACCGCCAAGAACAAACUCGCGACAAUUUGCAGCGGGAGCGCAUAGGGCUCCGCGUCUCCUGUGUCUGCUUUGUGUGGUCUUUCUGUUUCUCUCUCCAAAGCUGUGCAGCCUUUUAGGUUGUGCAUUUGUUUGGAAAUUUGUCGGGCGGCUGCGUCGCAGGCUGGCUCGUUGGCUUCUGGUGCUCUCAGCGCAGGGACCGGGCUGGUCGUGUGUUGGUUUUGUCGGCUCUGCUUUCAGAGGCUUAGCAGACGCCGCGCGAAGUGGACAGGCGUGAAAGCGGCGCGCGUGAGCCCCGGCAACUUUUCGCCAAGAUUCUCCGCCGUCGGCAGUCUUCGGGCGCGGCGGUCUCCAAUAUAGGGCCGCAGCGUCGAGAGAUCGAAGAAAAAGCCGGCGGCCUUCCGUUAGUUUCCGGAAGUGUUUUCGCUUUCCUUUAGUUACCGAAUAUCGCCGAUUAUUUCUGUUUCUUGUUUCUCCUGGUUCUUUCGCUCUGUUUAUUUCCGUUUAUUUCCGUUUCCUCCGAAAGUUGCCGAAAGUUUCCGAAAAUAUACCUUCGUUCGGCGAUUAACGGAAAAAGACGGAAACUCCCGGCAACUUUCGGAAACUUUCGGCAACUUUCGGAGGAAACCGAAAUAAACGGAAAUAAACGGAGCGAGCUAAGGAACCGGGAGAAACAAGAAACGGAAACAAUCGGCGAUAUUCGGCAAGAGGCGGCGGAGCGGUUUUUUGUAGGUCCGGGAGAUCCAUGCUUGCAGAUCCUUGAUUUAGUUUUUUUCCAUUUGUAAUCACCACUAGAAUCAGUUGAUUUUGAGGUCUAAAGUGAGCACUUUUUGAGUAGAUUCUAGUGCGACGGCGCCCGUUGAGCACAUAAGUAAAUUUGUAUUCGAAGUGAUACUGGUUUUGAUUGGUUUAAGACUGGGAACCCCACUAGAUUCUUGCUUCUUCAGAUCUUCUACGAAGAAUGCAAUCCAUUGGAAAUGGUAGCUUGCAUCUCUGUGUUUGGCCGCGUCCGAGGAUCAGUCUCUUUCUUAGCAAGAGACGGAUCCUCACGCAGAGAGGGGCAAUUCAAAGAGCCAGACAGCCUGUUGCGAUUGGGUCUUGAAUCAUGUGCCAAAUUAUUAGAAAUUAUUUCUCUUGGAUAG